AAGAAGUAGUCAGAUUGUAGUAGUUGAAAAGUAGUAUCAAAAUGGUGAUUGCUUUGGGUGUUUUCGCGAUGAUAACAACUUAAUAUUCGCAAACCAAAAACGUGACUAUAUAAAAUAUCGUGUUUAGGAUUGCAAAACGCCGUCGUUAAAUACUUGAGAUUCUGUUCUAUUAUUCAUAUCUGUAGUUGAAUCAAGAGACAAGAAUGUGGAAACGAAGUGUUGGAAGUUAGUGGAAUUAUCUCAUUUGAGAAGAUUCUUUAAAGACAAAAAGUCUGCAAUGUAUGUUCUAACAAAUAUUGAAGAACAAUCUCCUCCUAACAUACGAAAAGCAGGUGUAUAACAUACUUUAACUUGAUGCAAGGAGAACAAAAUCAUUCCAACACAUUCCAAUUGAAUGAUGAAAAACAUGACCUUGUGUUAUGUCUGCAGAGUACUUGCGAAAAUGGGCAAUAACAAACUGGCAAGAAAAACCUCAAUACAUGGAAGCUCAAAUUAUAAAAGGAAUGGGUACUAAGCUUAAAUACUGUAAUCGAUCUCGGUCAAUACGAAAAUUGUGAAUUAUUGCACGUGAUUGAGUUCGGUGCCGAUGGAUUACCAAAUCGGAACAAAGAAAGAUGAAAAAUGCAUAUGAAUAACAUUAAAAUAAUUGAACAUUGAAUUGACAUUCAUUAGCGAUAUUGCCUAUAAGAAAACAAGCAUAUCAGCAUUCUCUCAUUGCAGAAAUAAUGUGUAUUAUUGCACCUACUAGAUAGUUUGAUUUCGUCGUAAAAUUAAAACCUCCGCAGUUUUAAACAAAAAAAGUAACAUGAAACUCUUCUCAGUGCAAAACAAAAGAUUGAUAGUUAUUAGUCAUUCUGAGGACUAGCAAUAAAUUAAAAGAGAAGUUGAGAACGGUAUUAUAGGGAAAAUAUUUAAAAAAUAAAAUACAUAAUUCAGACGAAAUAUAAAGAGGUGUGUAUAGAUUUCAAGUAUAGUGUGAAAUGCCGAGAUGUUGCAAUAAUAAAGAUAAAGCUGUGAAUUCAGUAAGUGACGAGACGAACAAGCAAAAUAAAACCGACGAGGCAACUUUUACACUGCGCUCAAUUCAUCAAGAUUCAACAUACCGUGAGAACCAGAAAAGUUACGCCGAUAACAAUGACCAUCCUCGGAAUCUAGAUCAAAAUUAUCAAGAACAGAAAAUUAAUGACUUUCUAAAUCGCAAACCUGUUGUCGAGAAAUCUCAUCGAAGAGUGCGUUGUGACCUCAGCCCAGUUCCAACCACUCAGAACAGUGGUUUGAAUAUUAAAUUACUCACUUUGAAGGGUCAUAAAAAUAUACGACCAGAACAUCUCGUCAGCUCCAGCAGCGGAUACAGGGGACGAGAAAAAGAAAUAAAGAAGAGAUCAGCUAUAGGCAACGUAGUGCGUGGUUUCUUCCCAUCUGGCCACAGCCGACAGGACAGGUAUGACACAUGCAGGCAACGUAGUUCAGAUAGAACCAGUAAUGUUGGCCUGGUCGGACUAUGUCCUAAGCUGGUGGCCGGAGGAGAUGGACAGGUUAGUCAAGGUGGCGGAAACGGUUUGGAAGUUGGUCACCUAGCUGCUCAGGACGCUGGAGGCCCCUGCGGUGGCUUCAGCACUACAGGUGCAUCCACUAAAGCUACUGAUGGUCUCUCUAAUCCUGUACAGCCGGCAGAACAUCAUAAAAAUUACAAUCACAGCCAUCGACGACAGCGGAAAUUCUUGACAUUUUCACAAUCAACCGCAAGUUCUAACUCGUAUGUUGAUCGAAAGAUACUGUCCAGCGCAAAUCGUUCCUCGAUCGUUCAGAGCAAGAAGCUGAAAUCGUUUUCCCACACACCACGCUCUACUAUUGAUGUUGUUGCCGAACCGAUAUCAAUAACGAGUCAUCGAAUGGCGACACCUUCUUCCCCAAAGAAACGGCAACCACGUGAGUUCACCGGAGGCCCAUCAACAAGCUCGAGCCUUCAGCGUACGCUUGCUUGUGUAAAUGACGGUUCAAGUAGUGAUCCUACUAUCAGCGAUGCUGAGGAAGCAAUCAACUCCGUUGAUGCCAUGUUCAGAGGAUCAGGUGACCUCACGCCAUCUUGCACAGGUUCCUUUCAUCAUGAUCAAGCGAAACCUAAGGGAAUAAGAUAUCAGAAAAAGACCGUAGAUGAUGAAGCUGAACGACCUGAAUAUUUCUCUAUGGGGUUUCGCCAUGAUUGCCAGGAUACAUCUGAAAAUAUAUCAUCUGUGAAUCAAGAACAAGAGAUUGAGGUUGAGUUACUUGAGGAACGCAAAACGACGACUCUUGCGUGUUCAUCAGAUGAAAUGGAGAAAAAACGUCACUAUCCGUCAUCAUAUACGCACAAGCAUUAUUCGUACAAGUCAUCCAAAACUUUCUCAGAAUCCUGGGAUUCCCGGAUGGUCUCAGUCGGACAUGGAGACGAAAUUUCCGAAAAACACAACGAUAUCGAAACACCAAAUGAAGGUGAAACGUGUGAAGAUACUAUUCAAGGGAGGACCAUAAUGACGUAUGAUACGGACGACAAUGAAACAAGUAUAAGCGAUAUCGUCGCUGUCCAAGCGCUUCAAGAAUCUCUCAGUAAAUUAAGCAACAUGGGGUCUCGUGAAACUGAAAUGAAACCGAUCGUGGAAAGUCGUGUAAAAAUAAUCAACGAUAAUAUCCAGCACGGAAAAACUGAAGAAUCUCCGACAAACAGUGUCACAAUCGUAAGCAGUGAAAUGGUCGUACAAGAAGAAAAUGUUGAAGUUUUUAUCGGUCCCUUGCUUGAUGAAAAUUUUAAAGCUGAUGAGAAACUUGAACAGAAGGCAAUGGCAAUGGAAGACGUUAGAACUUUACUCAUGCAAGUCAAAGUGCAAACCGUUGAGGAUGAUGAUGAUGAAGAAAAAGCUAUUGGAAUUUCACCGGACGGAAGGUUUUUGAAGUUCGAAGAGGAAAUUGGACGAGGCAGUUUUAAAACGGUUUACCGUGGUCUUGAUACGCAAACUGGGGUCGCUGUUGCUUGGUGCGAACUACAGGAAAAAAAAUUGAACAAGACGGAAAGGCUGAGAUUUCGUGAAGAAGCCGAGAUGCUUAAGGGACUUCAGCAUCCAAACAUUGUGAGGUUUUAUGACUACUGGGAAGUCACACUGACUCGAAGGAAGUAUAUAGUACUUGUGACGGAGCUCAUGACCUCUGGAACCUUAAAGACAUAUCUUCGGAGGUUUAAAAAAAUAAAUCCAAAAGUUGUGAAGUCUUGGUGUCGACAAAUCUUGAAAGGAUUAUCGUUUCUCCACUCACGAUCACCACCAAUAAUUCAUCGUGACCUUAAGUGCGACAACAUCUUCAUAACGGGUACGACUGGAAGCGUCAAGAUUGGUGAUCUGGGUCUCGCUACUCUAAAGAAUCGAAGUUUUGCGAAAAGUGUAAUCGGUACCCCUGAAUUUAUGGCGCCGGAAAUGUAUGAAGAACACUACGAUGAAUCAGUAGACGUAUAUGCAUUUGGUAUGUGCAUGCUAGAGAUGGCGACCAGUGAAUAUCCAUAUUCGGAAUGUACUGGACCUGCUCAGAUCUACAAACGAGUUGUAUCGGGUGUUAAGCCACAGAGUUAUGAUAAAGUAGAUAAUCCUGAAGUACGUGACAUAAUUGAAAUGUGUAUACGAUUGCAAAAAGACGAACGUCCGCUCGUCAAGGAUUUGCUUAGCCACGAGUUUUUUGCUGACGACGUUGGUCUUAAACUGGAAAUGGUAACACGUGAUCCAGCGGUCGCAGAUCCAGAGUUGUCACGGGUCGAAUUUCGUCUGCGCGUUCUCGAUCCAAAAAAGCGAACUAACAAACACAAAGAGAAUGAAGCGAUACAAUUUGACUUCGAUAUACGGAAUGACGAUGCUGAAGAAGUUGCUUCUGAAAUGGCUAAGUCAAGUCUUAUCCUUGAAGAGGAUGCCAAAGCGGUGGCAAAAAUGUUGAAAAUGCAAAUAGCUGGAUUAUUGCGGGACCGUGAGGAUCGGAAGACACGUGAUGAAAAGGAGCGAAUUGAUAGGGAAACUGUUGAAAACCAACAGAACACUACCAUCGACCCAGUGCAGCAACAGCUGCAAACUCCCCAACAACAACAACAACAACAACAACAACAACAACAACAACAACAACAACAACAACAACAACAACAACAACAACAACAACAACAACAACAACAACAACAACAACAACAACAACAACAACAACAACAACAACAACAACAACAACAACAACAACAACAACAACAACAACAACAACAACAACAACAACAACAACAACAACAACAACAACAACAACAACAACGGCAACAGCAACAACAAGAAUGGCAACAGCAACAACAAGAACAGCAACAGCAACAGCAAGAAUGGCAACAGCAACAACAAGAACGGCAACAGCAACAACAAGAACAGCAACAGCAACAACAACAAGAACAGCAACAGCAACAACAAGAACAGCAACAACAACAGCAACAGGCCCAGCAACAGCAGCAGCGACAGCAACAGCAACAACAAGAAUGGCAACAGCAACAGCAACAACAACAACAACAAGAAUGGCAACAACAACAGCAACAGCAACUACAAGAAUGGCAACAGCAACAGCAGCAACAGCAACAGCAACCGCAACCCCAGAAGCAGCACCCGCAACCGCAGCAGCAACAAAAAGAACGGCAGCAGCAACAACAAGAAUGGCAAGAGCAACAGCAACCGCAGCAGCAGCAACAACAACAACAAGAAUGGCAACAGCAACAGCAACAACAACAACAAGAAUGGCAACAGCAACAGCAACAACAACAGCAACCGGAAAUUCAACUUCAGCAGCAACAGCAACAGAUACAGCAACAGAAACAACAAGAAUGGCAACAGCGACCGCAACCGCAACAGCAACUGCAACCGCAGCAGCUGCAACCGCAACAGCAACUGCAACCGCAGCAGCUGCAACCGCAACAACAGCAGCAACAACAAGAACGGCAGCAGCAACCGCAACUGCAGCAGCAACAACCCCCACAACAAGAACCACAACAACAAGAACCACAACAACAAGAAUCACAACAACAAGAACCACAACAACAAGAACCACAAAAACAAGAACCACAACAACAAGAACCACAACAACAAGAAACACAACAACAAGAACCACAACAACAAGAACCACAACAACAAGAACCACAACAAGAACCACAACAACAAGAACCACAACAACAAGAACCACAACAACAAGAACCACAACAACAAGAACCACAACAACAAGAAACAAAAGAACAACAGUCACAAGUCCACCAACCACAACAACCAGAACCAUCAGAACAACAACCACGAGAACGACUACUGCAAGAAGAAAAACCACAACUACAACAACCACUACAACAACGACCUGAACAACAACAACCUCACCAACAACAACCACAACAAGAAAAAUCGAAUGAACAACAACAAGAACUACGACAACAACAAGAACCAGAACAACAACAUUUACGACAACGACAACCACAACAAGAACGACAACCACAACAACAACCAAAACAACAGGAACAACUACAACGACUACCACAAGAGCAACCAAAACAUCUGGAACAACAACUACAACAAUCACUAGAACCACGACAACGACGACAAGAACCAGAACCACAACAAGAAGAACCGCAACAAGAAGCAUCCCAACAACAAGAACCGCAACACCAGAAACUUCAACAACAACAGCAGCGACAACAACAACAACCCCAACCAAAAGAGCCCCAACAACAAGAACCUCAACAACAAGAGCCCAAACAUCAAGACCCACAAAAACAACUUCAACCAGAGCAACUCGAAAACCCCCAAAAACUAUCUCAACAACAACAGGCUCAACACGAAUCACGACAAUGGCCACCACAAAAGCAUCGGCAACAAGAAGUACCGCAGCACUCAUCGCUACAACCACAACACCUACAAGAACAGCAUUUUCAAUACCAAGAACGAGAUCAAAGACCACGAAAUCAACAUGCACCUCCACAAGAACAACAACAACAAUCGCAACAAGCGGAACAGCCGCAAGAACAAAUACUUCAUCCACGAGAACCACAACAACAACAUCAACGACAGCAACAACCACAUCAACAACAACCACAACAACCGCAACAAUCAGAACCACAAGAACAUCAUCAACAAUCAAAACAACAACCACUCCAACAAGAACACCAACCACAACUACAACAACCACAACAUCGUCAACAACUACGCCAAGAAGAACAACUUCUACCAGAAGAGUUACUUCCCCAACGCCCACAACUUGAUCAAAAGCAGCAGCAACCACCAAAACACGCUAAGCACGAAGUACAAGAUCACCAGCCACAACACCACCAAUCACAGCAAGAAUCCCAAGAACAAAAAACACAACUACAGCAGCUGCAUCAACAACAAUUGCAACAACAAGAACAACAAGCUCAACAACAACCGCUACAACUAUUACAACAACAACGACAACGUCCACAACACGAACCAAAACUGCAUUUACAACAAGGAUCAUUACUUCAGCAACCGCCACCGCGUCUACAACUUGAGAUUCCACACCAAUUAGGACGACACCAAAAAGAACAACAGCAGUCUCUGGAAGAACCGGAUGAUCAAUCCGAAGAACCUCAACUAUCAAUGCAUUUGCGUCAGCAACAAAUCAGUACAGCAACGAUUGCAAUCCAAAGUGCGCCAUCGGAAGUUCUAGAACUUACACAAUCUACGCAGAUGCAACACCACCAAAGUUUUGAACAAACUCACCAACUGCCGUUUCUUGGUGCAAGUCAUUUUCAACAACAGGAACGAGAAGAGUACGAACACCACCAACAAUUCCCUCAGCUGCCAGGAGGAGAAAAACAAUUAGAACAGCAACAAUUUCACAGAGGAAACCAACUCAUACAAGUAGUUUUGCAACGAUCACAUCAUCAGCAGGAACAAACACAACAUGAAGACCCAUACCUUCAAGAUUCGAAGCAAAAACCAAAACAACUGCAAAGCCAUCGAGUUCAGUUAGUACAGGAACAGCAGUCAGUGACGCAAGCCUCGCAGAGUAUCAGUCCACCUCUAGAAGCACAAGUACAAUACCACAAUGAACUAGGUACUUCACAACAAACGACCACCCAUCGACAACACCACCAGCUUGAAUCAGAAAAAUUACAACAAUCACACUAUUUUGGGCAAGAAAAAUUAGCGGAUGGCUCAGAUCUUCAAUCUUUGCAAAAUGCUUUUGUAUGUUCGCAAGAGUCAGAGCACUUGCAAUUCCAUGAACAACCGUCUCAGCAUUCUCAGGUUCAGCAUCAAUGUCAUUCGCACAACUCAGUACAAAAUCAACCAUCACCAACUGUGCAACAAUCUCAGCCGCUACAUCAACCUGUUCAAAUACAAAAUCUGCAAUCACAUAUUCAACAACAACAAUCUCAGAUCCUACAGCUGACACACCCAAAGGUACAGCAAACACAACCGCAACAGUCGAACCAGCAAUACCUACACUCUAAUCAAAUUUUCGUAAAACAGAAGUCGAUAAUUAAUCCAACAAGUGGUCAGCAAACCGCUUUGCAAUCACAGGUGACAGCUACUUCACUACAACAACCUCAUUUUCAACACCAUAAUCCCAUUCCUCAUGGACAAGACUACUCACAAUAUUCUCCGAGACAACAGUUGCCGCACAUGCAGCAGCUGCACCAUUCACCAAUAAGUUCCUCACCACCGAUAGCUGAACUACCACAGUAUUUUCCCCAGACUGGGUUGCUUUCAGGCACGUCACACAUAAGUCCUACUAUUAUUCAACAGACAAAUACCCUUGAUAACACACAACCGUCGAAUUCGACCACACUUGCUGCUUCAGAUGUUUCGACGAGUUCACAACAGUCAAGUGAUCAUUCGAAUCAGCUUUAUUCGAUAAGUACCGCCGAAACAUACAUACGAGAACAGCCACUAACACAACAGAUUCUGUUAAUGCAAACAGCUACGAGUGCCAAUGUCAAUGAGGUUCAAAAUUUGACACAAAUUAAAACAUCACAGGCAACACAGACAAGUACUGUUUCAAGAACUGUUUCGAAUACAUCGGCUUUUAUCAGGACCAUGACUCGUCAGGAACAACCAUCUCAGAAAAACAUGCCAGUUGAAUCGCAAUGUACAACCAACACAAUCGCGAAUGACGUUGUUCUCAUUGAUGAUAUUGCGAUCCAUCCGCUACAACCCACUAAUCUCGCACAGCAAACGCAAAAUACGGAUUUCCAAGCACCUCUGCGAAAAAAAAUUUCUAUUAGUAACGGAAUAUUAAGUAUUGUGGACCGCAGCUCUGCAACACCAGAAACCAUCGAUCCAGUCCAAUGUAACGACUCAACGAGUGCUGACGAUACUUCAACGAUUAAUAGCCAUGUCGUUCGAGGAUCCUUGUCGAAUGUUUCGACCGCAAGCUCUAACGAUACGUUAAUAUUGGAGAGUUCAGAAAACUUUCCUGUUCCUGAGAGAAGUCGAGUGAAGCGAUCUGGCACAAAGCGUCGGAAGCCAGGAAUAAAACUGACAGUAUUGUCGGUAAGCAGCAACGAGGGACAAUCAAUAACUGUAGAAUGUCAGCUCGACACCAGCAAGCAAAAAACCGUCACUUUCAAAUUCGAUCGAGACGAUAUGGUUCCCACAGACAUCGCGAAUAACUUGGUCGGAGAAAAUCUACUUCCGCAAUCACAAUGUGAAACUUUCAUCGAACUUAUUGAGGAUAUAGUGAAACAGCUUAGAUUGGAUCCUAAGCUAAGCCUUCCGUUGGUCGCACACGGGCCUCCUGAUCAAUCGGCUGGUGGAAGUCCUGUUACUAGUCGGCGCCCCAGAGAUCGCGAUCACAGUCUCGAUGCAUCAAAGCAGGUGAGGCAUGGCUCGCUGACUCGUCAGAGCAGCCACCGAUCUUCGUACAAAGUUCAUCGCAGGCACCGUUCGCGAGAUGAAACACCAAACGCCUCAACGCCAACGAAGUUCUUACCAAUCGAUCAAAUAAUUUCGAACAUCACAUCCGUCAUACCAUUAGAACCGCGGGUACAAAAUGUCCAAUCACCGGAUGGUCUAAAUAUUUCACAAAUUGCAAGUACAGGAGACAGCAGUAUUUCGAUCGAAGUUUCACGUCGAUCAUCUACAUCAACGCAGAAUACUGAUACAUUAACACCUGUAAAUUUGUCGAACGACUUUUUAGACGUUCAUGAAAUUACCAAUGGACUGUUAGCGAAUACCGAUAUUACAAUAUUAUCAUAUGAUGGCACUUCUAUUUCGAGUCCGAGUGACGAAGCACCUCUGGGUAGUAAACAGAAAAUUUGUGAUUGUGAAUACGAACUUGCGAAUCAAACUGGUAUAAGUGGAUUAACAUUGCAAACAAGCAUAGAACCCGCUAUUUGCGAGACAACCACAGUUGUACCUCCAGAAAAAGAAAUAAACUUUGAAGACAUGAAGCGUGAAAAUGCAGUAUUGAACGACAAUGCAUGCUCAGCUGCUAACAAAGAGACUUCCCAACUAACCGCAGCUCCACCGAUGCGUAAGAUCUCUCGAUUUCUCGUUAGUCCUGUCAUCGAAAAGCAAUCAUCGAACGAGGUGGAAAGUCAUGAUUUACUGGAGCAAGUCCGAUCAAAUGAUGAUAAUUUCGAAAAUGAUGCAAAAAAUUUUACCGCUUGUUCGAUGUUGAUGUCGUCUGAGGCGGCUCAACAACCUCUGCAACUACCGCAAAAAUCGCGUGAAAUAACUGAGCCAUCAACAUUUUUUGCGGAGCUGCAACAUUUACAUGAGCAACGGCAGAAAAUGGGUAGUCUUGUGAAUUCUAUGGAAAAUUUUUUGCAUCUAUCAGAAGAAUCAGUUGGAGUAGCUCAACAGCAAACGUGCUAUGUACCGUCUCAACAACUACUUGGGCAGGCCCAAGCAACGUCCACAGUACAGACUAUGGAAGAAAAUUUACUGAUUCCAACACGCUCGCAGCAAAAAGUAAACACUUAUGAAAACAUUCUUCCUGUUAAGUCCAACGUACUUAUCAACGACCAGGAGGAUACUCAACAGACUCAGCCGUCGCAAGAUAUCUCUCUUUCACACAUUCUGGACCAAAUUGAGUUUGAAGAUAAUGGUGACGGUCAUCUACAGGAUGAUUCAAAAAAGAUAUUAGAAAACCAACAACAUGUUCUUCAGCAUGUUCACCCCCAAAAUACGGUACCAAAUAACAUUUCAACAGGUUCCGAGAUAUCUGUGGAUUCUGAAUUUUUGGAAAGUGCAGACUUGCCUUCAUUAUCGACAAAUGGACAACUCGACAAGAUACAAGAUUGUCAGGGACAAAAUGAUGGUCAAAAUUUACCUGUCAAUGUGAUCGAACGAAGUCAAUAUCAAAAUGUAAUUCCGUUGACGUCAUCCUACAGCAGUGGAAUCUCGACACCGGUGCAACAAAUUCUCUCUACUCAAACGAUUGCGGUAUCAAUAUCGAGCACCAUACAACAAACGCAAGAAACGGCACCCAAAAUAAAGACUAAGGAGAUCUCAUCGACGCUCCCUGAUCUUGCUCAAAAUCUUGCCAAUAUACUUUCAAAUCCAAAGACGAAAGUGCUAACAACACCCCAUGCCGUAUCGAAUCAGGCCAAUGAACAAAAUUCAAUUCAGCAACAACCACAACAAGCACAACCUGCAUUAUACCCAGAACAAUAUUUUCAACCGAUCCAACCAGAAGCUUCUGUUUCGUCGAUUUCCGCAGAAAAUUAUCAGCAAUUUCAGCUUCCGAGCGGUUUUAUCAAUAUGCAUAUGCAACAACUUUCUCAGAUAGAACACGAAAUCCAUAAAUCUGAAGAAAUGGAGCAACAGAUUGACAUUAGUCAGCAGGAAUCGGACCAGCAACAAAUAUUGGGACAAAAUCAAUCUCAAAAUCAAGGGGGUCUACCAGAUCAACACGAUUGGCUAAGUUCCCAAUGUCUUCCUAUAGACUUACCGAUACCUGUGAUUCCAAUACUUUCAGAAACACUGCUUGAAUCGUCUACAACGUGUACAUCAGACGAAAACUCACUCGCCGAGCAAUCUCUCGGGUCACAGUCUGAUAAAACGGUUCAGAUGACACAACAAUUAUCGCUUGAACCAACUCAAACAGUUGUUUCUCAACAAAGUGAACAAGUGCUGCCUGAACAGAUUGAUGGAUCAUCUACUGGCGAACAGCAACUCCAACAGUUAGAGAUCAAUUUUCAAGCACAUGCGCUGGAACAUCAUGUAUCGGAUUCAAUUGAAGAUACCAUAGAUUGCAAUACUAUUGCAAGCACUCCGAGCAGACGUACGAGCUCAGAUUGCCAAUUAAUUUUCUCGGAAAACGAAAGGCCGAGCAAUGAUGAAACACCUGAGCAAACUAUCGUCGAGCCCGGUGAUCCUAUGUUGAAUCAGCAUCCAUGGGGCCAACAGCAACAGCAAACGUUGCAGCAUCGGAAGCUAAGUCAACAAAAUUCAAUUGAAAAACCAACAGAAGUUUCCUAUACUGUUGUUACAGUUGGAGGUCCUCAAACUAUAGCAGAUCUCCAACAGAAACUACUCCAGCUGACUAGCCAACCAUUAGAAUCCGUAAAUACCGGUACUCCACCAAUUAGCCAUCCAGUUACACCUCACGGUUAUGCGUUUGGAUUGGCUGGAUAUGAAACCUACAUCCAUUCCUUGCAACAGAAGCUUAUCAAUGCGAGCGUACCGGUUCCACCGGCUCAGUCAUUAGGGCCACUGUCACCACAACCGAGUGCAUCAUAUUCGUUAUCAUCUGCUACGACUGACACCUCAGCCGGAAAUAUUUUUGAUAACGCGUUCGUCGAACAGAGUGUUGAUCACUUACUAGAUAGUCCGACUUCUGGAUCCAGUGUACAUGCCAUGAGCCCCAGUAAAGAAAAUGGCAAAUCGCAGAGAAUACAACGUUCAUCUUCUCGACUUCAGGAACUCGAACAAGAACUCGUGAAAAUUCAUCAUCGAGGUCCUGUUCAUCCAACGCCGUCUCCACAACCAUUGACUCCACCAGUUUCAACUACUUAUACGGAACACAUGCCGGAACAUGCACUUCUUGAAUCAUCUCACGAUUUAUUUACGCCACUGGAAACCCCGGCAUCUGCACUCUCAGUUGCAAGUGGAAUGAUGAAUACUCAUACCCCGGAUUCUGGAACCAGUACACCUAUCUUAUCGGAACUUGAAGACAAUCUCGAUGAGCAAGGCCUGCAGGAACCCCAACCAGCUCGAAAGAUAUCGAGAUUCAUGGUAUCAACAGUUGCUAGUCCUCCAGCAGAUGAAACUUUUUCCUACGAUUAUGAAGACCCACAGCAAUUUCAACAGUACGAAGAUGAUACAUCACAUAUUGCCCAAGAACACCACGUAGACGAAAUAUACGGUGGCCCAUUGCAAGCUACUCAUGGUUGGGAAAAUAAAUCGGUUCCUGUUCAAUCUCCGAUCAGUGCAUCACCAAGUGAGCUCGGGAAGGAGGAAAGACCAUCGGUUCCACUGACGCCAAGUGAGGAGUAUCAAUUACUCAUAAAAAGACAAACGAUGGAGCUGGAAUGUUUGCAGCGCAGACAUAGAUAUGAACUGGAGAAGUUUCAACAACAUCAGUUGCAACUACUGAUACAACAACAACAACAUCAACAACAACAACAACAACAAAAACAGGCAAGCUCACUCGAUCAGAAUCAACAUCAACCAUUGUUGUAUCACGCCGAGGGGACUCCUGUAUCUGGUCGCAGUCGUCCGACGGCGAUUGAAGAUUUCGGAAUGUUCAGGACACCAUCGCAUGCUACAUCCCUUCGUCUCACAUCAUUAUAUUCACUCGAUACAGAUGAGACCCUCCGCUUAGCUACUCAAAUACUUGACCAAGCGCCCCAAAGCUCACAACGUCGGCCCCCGGUUGAGCAAAACAACGUAGGCUCGCAAUACGCAAUGGAUUUUCCUAGAGCGGACUCUUCUCAAAAUGCUCUUACGAUCACAGGUACUACAACUUCGUCUCAAGUAUUGAAUGAAAAGGCAUUCUACAAUGAAGAUCCUAUGAACAUACGAUCACAGGAGCAGAAUUUAUAUGCUUCAAAUUCUUCCAAUCUUACCACGGCCCCGAGAAAAUCAGAAUCUCCUACGAGUACUGACAACCCCCGGUUGUCGAGCCCCGCUUCAGUCACUCUGACAUCGUCUUCAACGUCUACACACUGUGAUACUUUGGUUCAGAAUCAAGAGACAAUGUCAGAGAUCGUAAAUACUUACGCCACGUAUAUGAAGUUUCCUCUUUCUCCCGGUUGUGAUGUUGUAUACACAUCAACUGGUGAAUCUCAAUCACAACUUGUAACACCAGCGACACCGGAGCCCGGUGAUUCUUCUGCCGGCACACCGAACAGCGAGUUCCAUUAUUUCGAAACUACUGAUACGCAACCAGCUUCAUCACAAACAGAAUAACAAGAUGUUUUAGUUUUAUUCAUCAUCUGGCAGCAUAUGCAAGAGUUUUCCUGAAAGUGGUUAUGUUGUACUUCAGACAUUUUGGAGAGUACGAUUUUUUAUCGCCAGAGCUUGAGAUAUAUAGUGGUGUCUCUGAAAUAUAAUUAGGUAUGUGUCUAAUAUUUGUAGAUGCUCUUGAUUGGUAAAAAAUUUUUUCAAGAGUAGAAGCGUUUAAUUCGAUUGACCGAUGACGUCUUUUCUGCUGUGCUCUUUGGGGGCACAUCGCUAUUCAAGGAAUACUAUUAAUUCGAAAAUACAACUCUCUUAUGUGCCUAUCCAUGGAUGACACUUCUAGUUACUGUCAAAAGUAAAAAACCAUAUUCAAUCAUACCACGACGAGUCACAUAAUAAAUGACGGUUGAUGUCUAUCGACUAGAAACGUUUGGGACUAACUCCAUUCUGAAGUCUCCAGAAGAAAUACAUUUUUUGAAUAAAUUUAAACACCAAGUGCUUGAAAACAGAAAACCUUCUGCUUUGGAAUAAACUGAAUGUUAUUUAGACAUGGUAUAAAAGUUUCUUGAUGUGUUUUUAUUCCUCUGUUCAAGAUUCAUCUGUUGAUAUUAAAAAAUAUUCAUCAUCAAGAUUGCAAACUCAAUUCAAGAAUCAUGUCAGUCAUUGUCUUAAACGGGACAUGGGUUGAUAGUUACUAUCAAUUUGUGUGCGUCCUCCAAAAAUUAUCCCGUUUGUUUGGAUCUAUUGGAUCCAACAACGAAACAAAAUCAAAAGGGAUAUAAUCAGCUGAUACUUCGAUAAUUGGCAAAAGUUUAAUUUACGACAGAGGCCGCAUUUCUUUUCUGGACCGCAGACAAAUAAGAUGUUUUUGGAAAUAGCUGUAAUUGCUGUGUAUCUCAAAGAGUUUAUUGAAGAUUCAAUAUGACCGAUGCGGUUGGUAGAUUCCGAUCAUGUUUUCAUCAGACAAUGUGGCAUAUGAGUUGCAUGGAAAUUGAUCUAUUUCCACAUGCUUCGCCAGAAUUUUUUAGAACACAAACUGCUAUAAAACUAGAGGUUUGGAUAUCGUCAGCUGAUUUUAAGCAAUCGCAAUCCAUAUUGAACUAUCUUAACUCACUAUAGCGAAAAUAAAAAUUUCAAAUAAAAUAGAUAUCCUUUAUUCAUAUAAAAUAUUCUCUAGAUAUUCUUAUAAAAUAGACUCUAGAGAUCCUCAUUAAUAGUAUGUAUGGGUAUUCAGUAUUUGAAAAACAAUACUAGAAUGAUAUCACUGCAAUUACAUGAAAAUUCAAAUCAAGAAGUGACAUGAAUAAAAGAAAUAGCCAGAAGAUGAAAAGUACUGUGCAGUCAUUAGGCUAUUGAUCAGGUAAUUAAGAAUUGGUAAAUAAAAAUGAUCGCGCAUACAAAAUCUUUCCCCGUAUCUUUAUACGGGGAAAAUUUCAUUCCACGUUUGUGGAAUGAAAUAAAAUUAACUGAAAUUGAGUACCUCUUACGAUAACUAACUUAAAAUUAAUAGCUGCAAUUAUCAAAAUCGACAUGGAAAUAUUUCAUUCCCCAUGAGAACAAAACGAAUUGUGGAUGAAUGUAAAUCAGAACGUAUUAGAAACGAGCUUGCGUUCGUGCAAGUGCAAGCGUGUGCACAUGCGUAUGUACCAUAUCGAUAUUUAUGCGUACACGCUGGUAUGCGCGUGUUGAUUGUAUAAUAGUGUAAUAUUGUAAUGAUUUAUAAAAAAUGAUAAAGAAAGGAACGUCGAGGAGCACGAUUUAAAUUUUCGUGUGGGCCUCAGCUAGUCUUCGUGAUCGAAAUGGCAAUGUAAUCAUUCUGCUAGACAUUUUUGCAUGUAUAUCCGUCAACAACAGCUUUCCUCCUGAACUCCCAGUAUGAUUGUGGUUGUAAAACAAUUUUAAUGAAGAUAAUAAAUUAAUCGAUGGAUGAUAGUUUUAUGAGUGAUCGUGGAGUUGAAAAUACAGUGAGGAAGCCGCAAAUAAAGAUGGAAAUCAGAAUGAAUGCGCCAGAAUGAUUAACAUAUUAGUCACUGUUAUGCUUUAAUGUAUUUUUAGCGAUUCCAGCAACUUCAGUCGAAGGAGAAAAAUUAUAAUAAUUCAAUGAUAAAUAACAAACGAUAUUGUAAAAUGGAGAGGUAACGCCCGAAAAAAGUGAAGACGUUGCCGAAUGUUGAAAAAAAUUAAACGCAAUCAUAAUGUUA